AAAUGCCUCGAUUUUUGAUCAAUAAAGUCACCAUGACAAUCUCAAAACAUCAAACUUCAAGAUGGAAGAGAGCGACUUCAGCGAGGGAAACGACGUUGGCGACGAUGUCCAAGAGGAGUACCUCGACCCCUCGAACCCCGAGCAUGCCUACGCCAUCCUGGAACGCGACUUCAACAAGACAGUCGCCGAGAUCGAGCAACACCCCGAAGCCUCACACUAUGCCGAAGACUUCCACAAACUCUUCGAACACUUCUACACCUCCUACCAGAAGUGCAAAGAACUGGAGGCGAAAACCACCACUCUCGCCAAAGAGAUGGACGAGAAGAACACAAUCAUUGAAACGGCCAACAAAUUGGCAGACUUGGACAAAGGGACAAUCACCGAUUUGAAAACGCAAAUCGAACAUGCGUGGAAACUGGCAGACGCUGCGCAUUUGCGCGAACAAGCCGCACAAGAAGCCAUCGAUAAUUUGCGCAAGCAAAUCGAAAGCUUGAACGCGGAGAUCGAGUUCAGGAACAAGAUGGGCGAGGACACCUCCGAGGAAAUGGGCCAACUGAGCAAACACAAGGAGGGUUUAGAGCGCGAAAACGAAAAACUAUUGGGGGAAGUGUCCCACUUGAGCCAAAAACUGAACAACGCCUUGGAAUAUCAAAACGAACUCGAACGCAAAACUUCCUUGGGCGAUAUGAAGAUAACUGAGCUUGCGGGCCAACUUGAGGACCAAGUGAACGAAACGGAAAAAUUUAAACGGAUCAGGGACAAGUUAGAGAGCGACAUAACUGAGCUGAACUUCCGAAUCGAAGACAGAGACACGCACGUGUCGAAUUUAAACGCCGUGAUUUCCUCUCAUUUGAAAUCGAUCGGAAAACUCGAGGAAAAAAUUAAGGAGGAAAAAGUUGCUCGGGAGAAGGUUAAUAAGGAUUACGAAACGAUUUCGACAAAAUACGCCAAGUUGCAAGAGGAUUUCAACGCCAAACACCACACCCUGGAGCAGCUGCAGAAAAGUUACAACAAGAAACUGACCGAUAUCAAGAGUUUGGAGGACGAUUUGGCGCAUUUGCGCGCCGAUUUCGCCAAAGUCAGCAAACAGAAGGAGAUUUUCGAGAAACGGAUGUACUUGCUGGAGGGCGAAAAAGCCGACAUGACCGGCGACCGAAACCAGCUGCGGCAACGCAUCGCAAUGUUCGAGAAAGAAAUUGACGAAUUAAAGCGCCAGAAUGAGAACACGAAACGAAUCAACGAAAACAUGACACGAGAAAAGGACAUUAUUGCCAAAAGUGUCGCCCGGUACGAAGCCGUCAACAAAGACCAACACAAACUGAUCAAAAUCCAGGAACAAGGCAAGAAGAAACUCGAAGCCGAACUGGAUAACUUCAUUGUGGAGACCAACAAGCAGGCGAAGCAAAUUGUGACUCUCGAACGGCAAAAAAACAGUCUCGCUGAAGAACAGCUAAACUUGACCAAGAAAAUCGAAGACAGUUUGGACGAAAUCAAGCUGAAGAAAGCCGAAAUCUACGACCUGAAGAAGAACAUAAGCGAGGCGGAAAAUCGGCUCCGAAUGCAGCAAAACCUCUACGACCAGGUCAGAUCGGAGCGAAACGCCCUCGAAAAGUCGCUGCAAGAAUCAAGCGCCGAAAGCGGCGAGUUGAAGAAGAAACUGAAGAUCACCAACCACCAGAUCGAGCAAUUGAAGGAAGACGUGACCACGAAAGAGCAACUCCUCAUCAAGGAAGAGAACAUCAUGCGAAAAGUGCAAAAGGAGAAGGAGAAUUUGAAGGUGGAGCUGAACCAAGCGUUCGAACAAGUCAAGACUUUGAAAGAGAACAUUUCGGAAAAAGACGCCGAAGAAAAACGCCUGCACAAACAAAUCAUGGACAAUGAGAAGCUGAUCCGGGAGCAGGCCAAAGACUUGGAGCAGCUGAUGAACGAGCGGGAUAUUUUGGGGUCGCAGCUGGUGCGCCGCAACGACGAAAUCGCGCUUUUGCACGAGAAAAUCCUAAUUCUUCAGGCAACGCUUCAGCGAGGUGAGUCGCAGUACGCGCAGAGACUGGAGGAUAUUCGGUUGUUGAAGAUUGAGAUUAAGAGGCUGAGGCAGGAGCACAGUCUGUUGUCGAAGAAUAUCAAGAAUUCGAUCGAUUUGAAGCAGGAGGUGUUCCAUUUGGAGCGUGAUUUGAUGAAGUGGCGCUUGAAAUGUCGCGCCCUUGAGGAGGAAUUGCAAAAUCCGAUGAACAUCCAUAGAUGGAGGAAACUCGAAGGUUCCGAUCCGGAAUUGCUCGACGUUUUACAAAAAGUUCAAAUAUUGCAAAAACGCUUGAUUAAGCAAUCGUCGGAGGCCAUCGAAAGAGAACGCCAGUUGAAAGAAGCUGAAAAAUUGUAUCUAAACCUGAAGCAAGUCUUGGCCAAACAACCGGGACCAGGACUCCGGGAAGAACUAACAAAAACCCAAAAGGCUUUGAAGAGUCGCGGGGACCAACUGAAGUGUUUGGUCUCCGAGCUGAACAUGGCCGAGCUUCAGGCAAAGGAGUACAAAUCGGACUUGCAAAGGGUCACCGACGAGCUAAACGACCUGAAAAAGAAAUACAUCGCUGAAAAAAAAUCGCAAAGGUUACAAAAACUAGCACACGAUUCUAGCCGAGAGCUGAACCAAUAUCAAAAACAAAACGGCGCUCAAGUGAAAUACACCGGUGGCGGGUUCCGGAUGUCGGUGCAAAGUAUCUCGUCUUUCAACUGACUGUACUUAGUUAAAUCAAUAAACGGGGUUAGUUUCGA